AUGCUGGGUCGUCAAGUGCUGGCCCUGAUCCUGUCCUCGUGGUCGAUUGUCACCGCUUCCCUGGCAUCGCAAUUCCACCCGCACCCCAAACCGCAGAAUCUCAGGCGACAAUACUUUCCCACCCAUGCUUCCGAUUUCCAGACAUUCACGACCCCGACGAAUGUAACCAUUCGAUACAAGGAGCCGGGGAAAAGUGGUGUUUGUGAGACGACAGAAGGCGUUGCGAGCUACUCCGGCUACAUUGACAUUGCACCCAACGUGCACGCCUUCUUUUGGUUCUUCGCAUCCCGGAGAGAUCCUGCCAACGAUGACUUGACAUUGUGGCUGAAUGGAGGUCCGGGAGCUGACUCUUUGGUGGGACUGUUCCAGGAGAUGGGGCCAUGCACCAUCACCGAAAAUUUGACCAGCGUUCUCAAUCCAUACAGUUGGAACGAAGUGUCAAACCUGCUGUUCCUCAGCCAGCCAGUUGGCGUCGGCUUCUCCUACCAGGCCGACGACCACAGUACCGAGCUCGGGAGUGACCAUAACUCUACUACGACCACCUAUCCAUUGUCCGACCCAAUUCGAGAAGGGGACAUCAAUACCACUGACAUUGCCGCUGUUGCUGCAUGGCAUAUUCUGCAGGGUUUCCUGUCAGCUCUGCCAUACUUUCCAGACGUCAAAUCUGCCAAGCCCAAGAACUUCAACCUCUGGACCGAGUCUUACGGUGGGCACUACGGACCUUCAUUCUUCAAGUACUUCUAUGACCAAAACGAGAGAAUUGUAAAUGGCAGCAUCUCGGGAUAUCCCCUGACUUUCAACUCUCUUGGAUUGAUCAAUGCCAUCAUCAGUGAGGCCAUUCAAGCGGAACAUUAUCCCGAGUUCGCAGUCAACAACACCUACGGGAUCGUGGCGUACAACGAUACCGUCUACAGCUAUGCCAAAUUUGCCCUCAAUAUGAUCAAUGGAUGCAAGGAUCGACUUGUAAGGUGCGCAGCUGCUGCUCGAGACACUCCUGGAGGCCUCGUCAAUGGCAAGAUCACAACCUCUGCAUCAUCUCAGAUUACCGUGGUUGAUAAGUGCAAUGAAGCUACCGCAAUGUGUUACGACAAUGUGAAAGGAGUCUAUGAUGCCUACAGUGGACGUCAAAGAUUCGACAUUCGUCUGCCUCGCGACGAUCCUACGCCGCCCACUUACUUUGAGGACUACCUUGGCCUGCCUGAGAUCCAAGAGGCCAUUGGUGUUCGUCUCAAUUACUCCAGCAUCAACGAAGACGUAUAUUUCGAAUUCCGCCAAACGGGUGACUUUGCAUAUCCCAAUUUCCUUCGAGAUUUGGAGGAAAUCCUCGACAGCGGUGUGCGCGUGUCCUUGGUGUACGGCGACGCUGACUACGCUUGUAAUUGGUUCGGCGGCGAAGCAGUCAGCAAGCAGAUCAGUUACGCUCACACCGAGCAAUUCAAUGCUGCCGGAUAUGAGCCAUUCGUCUGGGCACCGGGCAACGUUCAAGCUGGCGAAGUUCGCGAAUACGGCAACUUCAGCUUCACCAGAAUCUACGAAGCUGGACAUCAAGUACCAUACUACCAGCCCGGUCCGUCGCUCGCCUACUUCGAGCGAGCGAUCAGUGGCCUCGCGAUGGCAGAUGGUAGGAAGCCCGUCACCGCAAAUUCGACGACUACAGGGCCUGCAAAUACCACGCACACGGCCGACCCAGCUCCCUACUCGUCCAUUGUCCCACCUACCGAGUCUGCAUCUCUGGCAGCGUAG